ACCAUGUACUUGCCAUUUUACCUCACUGGGGCUGAAGCUGUAUAAAGGUAACAGUUUGGUUUUAGUUUUGAAGAUCUUGCAAAAAGAUAGUCCCUCCUCUCUUCCUGGAAAAGCCAGACAGACCAGUUGGAUACCUUUCAGGCCUCAGCUCAGAACUUUAUUUGUUCAUCCCUCUGCCUUUUUAAAGUAGAAAGACCUGACACACUCUUAAGAACUGAGAACCUUAUUGAUUUAAACAAAUGGCUAAUCCCAAUGCUGUCAGCAAUGGACAUCUACAUUGUCAUCAGAAACGGAAUAAUCUCUUAAAAAGUGGAAUCUAUAAGAAAAAUGGAAUUGCUAAAGAAAUUAAGAAAAACGGCAUAUCAAAUGGAGGUCUCUACAAAAGGCCAUUUAAUGAACACUUUGAACAAGCACCAAUGUAUGUUGCUGUUUUGACUUAUGUGGGUUUUGGCGUUGGAACAAUAUUUGGCUACCUGCGAGAUUUUAUGAGAGCCUGUGGACUAGAAAGAUGUAGCCUUGCUGCAGAAAGAGAAGAACAGAAAGAUUUUGUGCCACUUUAUCAAGAUUUUGAGAACUUUUACACAAGAAACCUCUACAUGAGAAUACGAGAUAAUUGGAACCGUCCAAUCUGCAGUGUCCCAGGGCCACAGUUUGACCUGAUGGAACGUAUUACAGAUGAUUUCAACUGGACAUUUAGGUUUACUGGAAGAACUAUCAAGGAUGUAAUCAACAUGGGUUCUUAUAACUACCUCGGCUUUGCAGAAACAGAUGCUAAUGCUUUGAAAACAGUGGCAGAUGAAUUACAGAACUAUGGAACAGGAGUAUGCAGUACCAGGCAGGAAAUGGGUAACCUUGACAAACACGUAGAACUAGAGAACCUGGUGGCCCGGUUUCUUGAUGUGGAAGCGGCUAUGGUGUUUGGCAUGGGCUUUGCUACUAACUCUAUGAAUAUUCCGUUGCUGGUUGGGAAGGGUUGCCUCAUUUUAAGUGAUGAGUUGAACCACACUUCUCUUGUUCUUGGUGCAAGACUUUCCGGUGCUACCAUUAAAAUCUUCAAACACAACAACAUGCAGAGCCUAGAGAAAUUACUGAGGGAUGCAAUAGCAUAUGGGCAGCCUCGAAGUCGCAGAGCAUGGAAAAAAAUUCUCAUCCUAGUAGAGGGCAUUUACAGCAUGGAAGGUUCCAUUGUGCGCCUGCCAGAGAUAGUCGCCUUGAAGAAGAGAUACAAAGCCUAUCUCUACUUGGAUGAGGCUCACAGCAUUGGUGCUGUGGGACCCACCGGCCGGGGAGUCGUUGAAUAUUUUGGAAUGGACCCUGAAGAUGUCGAUGUAUUGAUGGGUACAUUCACCAAAAGCUUUGGAGCAGCUGGAGGAUACAUAGCUGGCAAGAAGGAACUUGUGGAUUUUUUACGAACUCACUCCCAUAGUGCUAUUUAUGCCACAUCUAUGUGUCCACCUGUAGCAGAGCAGAUCAUUAGGUCAAUGAAAUGUGUCAUGGGACUAGACGGAACAACACAAGGGCUUCAAAGAGUGCGCCAGCUAGGAGAAAACACAAGAUACUUCAGGCAGAGACUGCACGAAAUGGGUUUCAUUGUUUAUGGAAAUGAUGAUUCCCCUGUUGUCCCCUUGCUCCUUUAUAUGCCUGGUAAAAUAGGGGCUUUUGCUAGGCGCAUGUUAGACAAAAAUAUUGGGGUGGUUGUGGUUGGAUUUCCAGCUACUCCUAUCACAGAAUCGAGGGCUCGGUUUUGUGUGUCAGCUGCACAUACACGGGAGAUGUUAGACACGGUCCUGAAUGCCCUUGAUGAAUUGGGCGAUUUUCUGCAACUGAAGUAUUCACGGCAUUCCAGGUCAUCUCAUCCUGAACUAUACGAUGAAACAGGCUUUGAACUUGAAGAUUAAGUUUCCCACCCCUGAAGAGAACAUUAUGAUGUUACAAAAAAGAGGAAAAAGCCUAAGAAAUAUGAAUGCAUUUCUUCCUUUCUAAGGGCAAUUUUUAUUUCUCAAUUAAUUGAACCGAGGGGAAGCACUGUUGUUGCAUUUUACUGUAUCCAAUUUCCAUGUGCAAGAGACUAUUGCUACAGAUCUACUCCCAUGGAAUUAUAUGCUUUUUAAGGUAUUUUUUAUGCAAGCAGACUGUCCCCCAUUAGUCAAGUUGCCACUGUGCAGCCUUGGUGCCUUUUUAUGAAGAGGCUUUGGGUAGUUCUUAAUUCUGGUUGAAAUAAUAAAUUUGAAACCUGAAUGGAUUCCAGUGUAGUAUGUUAGCUUACAUGAAUUUCAGCUGUCAGACUGGAUGAUACCUAAUGCAUCAAUGUGGAUUGCCUCCGAGGAAAUGGCAGAUAAGGAUCUUCUUACCUAAUUUCCACAUUUUGAGUUCUCAAAGGACAGCAGGUGUCAGAAGGACAUACUAGCGCAUGAGAAAACGUUCA